AACAAUUUAUUUAUAAAUCCGGGACAUUAUGGUUUGCCCUAGAUUCCACCGAAGCCCGGUGCCUCCGCGUCUCCGCCGCCAUCUUCUACCAGACUUCUCCUAGUUAGUCCGGCCAGCCGCUCCCUCACAGCCCAAGCGGAGACGACAAUAUUUACCGCUUUCUUUCUGCCCAUGUGUGCCUAAUCCAGCUGGUCGUGCUCGCCGCUCCAUUACCGUCUCGAAGCGAAGCCGACUAGAUCUGUAGAUCAGCAGAUCCAGGGGAUAUAGCAGGUAAUCGGCGUUCGGACGGAGGAACCGCAGGUAUAUAGGAUUUUGCUGCUGUCAGGCCAUCUCUCAGAAGAUUCGAUUAUUCAAUUUGGACUUGGAGAGGAUGCAUCGUCGGUUUUUGAAUGUGAUAGUACAGGACUUGAGCACUCGCAUCAAUUCGUUGUACCUCGUCGACCUUUGGAAGCAUCUCUUCUGCCGGUCAACAGGAAAAGCAGAAGCUGCAGAAGAUGCAAAACUGGAGAAGAAAAAUCCAGCAGCGUUGAUAGAUCCCUUGAAGUUGCAUAAGCCGCAACUCAGGUUUGGAUCAUUUCUCCUCUCUGCUCUGUUGACAGAGAACUGCCUCCUGCUGGCAGACUCUACUCACAGUGCAUUUCUCUACGACAACGACUUAAACUCGGUCCAACCCAUUCAAUCUAUGAAUUUUCCCAAAGGACCUAAUUGCGUCUGCUUCUCUGCACCCCAAGCUAACCCCUUAGACUCUCACCGCUACUAUAUACUGGACCUGUCACCGGCCUCCACUAUCAAUUCUCCCUUUAGGGUCCUCAGCUACCGCUCUAAUAGUUUCUCCUCCGAAUCCCAUGUAAAAUCUAACUACACCAAUUCAUUCUACUGGGAUACUCUCCCAGUACCACCAUUUCUAGGCGAUGACUAUGGAAGAACCAUUGACAUUUGUUCCUCCAUGAUGAUCAAUGGCUCGACCAUAUGCAUAUCCUCUGUCGAGAAGGGCGUUGGCACCUACACCUUUGAUAUAGUGACAAAGUUAUGGACUCAGGCUGGCAAUUGGGUGCUGCCCUUCUACGGCAAAGCAGAGUAUGUUCCCGAGCUCAACCUUUCGUUCGCUCUAUCUGCUGACAGCCCCCACCGCUUGUGCGCUUUAACCUGCACUUCAAUGCACCAUGGGGGCCCACCAGCAUUGCAGCAUACUUUUGAUGAGCUCGACCUGCCGGAGAAUUGGUCGCCAUACAAGUGCCACCUGGUUAACCUGGGCUCAGGCAACUUUUGCAUCAUUUCCUUCUGUAAGACCAUGAACUGUGAGUUUGCCGUCUUCACCGGCGUGGAGGUGAAACCCUGCAUCAAUGGCGACGGUCCUCUCCGGAUGAUCAAGCACCUGUCUAAGAGUUUCAGCCUUGGAUCUCAUAGCAUCAAAAGUGUGCUCUGAACCAUCUAAUUGAUUGCCUGGAUGCCGAUAUGGAACUUAGUCUGUAAUCUGUGCUAUUUUGUUUUCUGCCUCUUAGCUGUUCUAAAGCCCGCUGCUGUUUAUCGGUCUUGAUAUGCUGCAUUUAAUCCGACAGCGCAUGACUAUGUAAAGACUAUUUGCUUAAAUGAUUUUUAAACUUGCUUAAGUUCAUUGACAGUCCGUCUAUCUAUCACUGUAUCUUUGGAUCUUUGGUUAAUUGCAAAGAGAUUGUUUGCAGAUCAUAAAAGCAUUUACAAGUAUCAAGUGAAAACGCCCGUUCAAUGUAAACUGAAAAGUAUUGAUUUGCAGAACGUACGGUGCGGACCAAAGGUGAACCCCAGUUUUGCAGCUAACCCCUUGCCCUUUACGUCCUUGCUUGGUAACGAUUCAUAAAAAAAGGUAAAAUGAAUCGUGCUCAAUCUGUGACGCCAUGGAGUCCUAAGCCAAUCGCCAUGUGCCCUAGCUCUCCGACGGCUGCCCUGUCCAGCAGCUCUAGCCCUCCGCCUGCCCUGAUUCCGCACCCUCCUCCAGCGACGGCUGUGAUCCCCUGCCCCCUGCCGACCAUGGACGGAGUUAAUUGCACAGAAGUAUCACAAUUGGGGCAUCACAUGCAGAUUGGUAUCACGAUUGCUAAUUUUUGCAUGUCAGUACCAUGAUUGCUCCAAAUUUUUUCAAAUAAGGCUAAAACGCGUAUUUAUACGUAUUGACGCUCGAUCCGACAGCUCGGGCCCACCCGUCAGGUGCCACGCUGGCCAAUCGGCGCGUGCCCGCGCGCUGACUAGGAUGAGCCGGUGCGCUGCUGCUCUCCAACCCGGUCCGGUCGCACCAGCUCGCCCCCGCCGCACCAUUCCCCUCCCCUCCUCCUCUCCUAACUCGUUUCCUCCGUCGCCGCCGCCUGCGUCCCGGCUGCCGCACCGCCCCGCCGACGCCAUGGUUUUGGAGGACGAAAGCAGCGACGACCUGUCUAGCCUCCCGUACAUGCAUUCUUCCUCCACAGAUGGUCUCAACGAGGUCCCUUUCAGUCUUGAAGAUCCAGAUUACAAGGGGCUUGAGCUGGAUGUGAUGUCUCCAUGUGAGAAGCACGGCAUGGCAUCUGAGAGGCUUGUUGCCUUUGAAGGAACAGACACAGGCAGGCGGUUUUUAGCAUGUGCACAGCCGGCAGGUAGCAAUUGUGGCUUUGUUGAAUGGGUUGAUCACCAGUGGCCAAUGCAUUGUUGAAGCUAUGGGCAAUGGUUGAAGAUGCCAAAAUUGCUAGGGUGAAUGACAAUCUUGAAAGUUCUUUCACUAUCCACCAUCUGACAGAAGAGAAGAACAAGCUGGAUGCCAACUAUGACAAGCUAGUCCAAGAUGCGCAUGAGCUGAUGAAUUUCCAGGAAGAUAAGGUGGUGGAUUUCAGACAUCUGCAGUCUGCCAUUACAUAUCAGCAGGAGGUAAGAAAAGAACUGAUUGAUGAUAUGAAGGCACAGAUGGCAAGUGAGAUGGCAAAGAAAGAUGAAGAGACCCAGAAACUUACUCUGAAGUAUGAGCUGCUGCUCAACCUGACAAGAGCUCAAGCAACAGUCAUUCAGAACUUGAAGUUGAACAAAAUGAAAGAGAAGCAAGUGCUUACUGAAGCUAGUAUGAAUUUGGAGCUGAAGAAUGCAGAGAUAACAAAGUGUCAGGAGAAGCUCACCCAAGAGAAGCUAGAGUUGAAGUUUCAGGUUGCUGAUCUGCUUAAGGGAAAUGAAAAGCAUAUUGAAGAGAAGUGGCAGUUAGAGUUUCAGAAUGAAAAGUUGAAGGAGAAGUUCAGGGGGAUUCAGGCUAUCUUGGAGAAGUGAAGAAGAUGAAAAUGAGAUUAGUGGCAUUGCUGACCUUUUGGGAAUGAUGGUUGUGUAAUGACCUAGCAUCUAGGAACUAAGGUUGUGUACUGUAUGCUUGUACUAAUGGUGAACUAUGGCUGUGUAUGUAUGUAGUAGUUAUGCUAUUCAUCCUUUUGUGAGAAAAAGAUGAACUAUGCAUUUGAAGUUGAACUCCUUUAUGUAUUGUGAACAAUGGUUAUGUAUGACUAUAAUGAGU